CUUUGCGUAGCAGGUCAGUGAUUUGAGGAAGCCGCUCCUCUUCCGGUGCUCUCCAGCCAAUCACAAUCGAGACGGUGCCGCCACUAUUUGACAACAGAAAUGUCGACCGAAGAAAUACAGGCGUUACUGGAAAGAUGCGACCCUGUACAUUUGGAUUUGUACGGCGGUGGAGAAGACCAACGCGAAGUCUGCCAGGCUGACGCUUUUCUGCCCAACCCGGUCGAGAGUCGUAAGAUUCAGAAGAUCCUGUCCAGUCAGCUGUGUGUUCUGAAUGACAUGAUGGGCCUGUUAGAAAAACGGUGCUCGCCAGAUGAACUGCUUAAUGAAUCCUGCCCGCCAAACCCAGGUAGCGAGGCUCACAGCCGAUGGAAUACCUUAAAGGCACAGUACAGAGAAGAAGUGAAACAGGUGGAGACCCUCAUAGGCACCCUCCAGUCCAAGAUCGACCAGCUGCACCUCAAACGAGGCCGACUCACACAGCUGGUGAGCACCCUGGAGGAGAAGAGAAAGACCAGCGUGCACCUGGAGUGUUCCCUGCAGGUGGCUCGCGAGGCCUUGCACCUGUGUGAAGGCCAGCUGGCCCAGGCACGGCAGGAGACUGAGACAGUUGUGAAUCGCCUGGGAGCCUGGCAGCUUCACAAAGACGAGCUGCAGGCCUGUGUGUCCGCCACAGAGGGAGUGAUGCAGUACAGCUUGUUAUCCGUCAGCCAAUCGGAGCUGUGCCUGGAGUUGAGGCCCCGCCUUUACGGAAGCUCCUCCUCCCACGGACAGUUGGAGCCGCUCAAACUGACCGUGACCUGGAGCCACGACGACCGUUUCUGUUUACAGAUGUGCCAGGGGACUGCUGGGAUGCCGGAGGAGUGCGUGAGGGGCCGUGAGUCUGAGCUGAGCGCGGCCCUGCUGGAGGUGCUGCAGCGCUACAGCAGCCAGGGAGAGAUGCUGGCCGAGAUCCAGUCCCUGCACUCCAGGUUCGCCAUUGACUGGCGCCCGGCAAAGAGGCAGCUGGUCUUCCUGAAGUCUUCUUCUGUGGUGUGCACGCUGGAGGUGGAGGAGGGCUACCCCUCCAGGGGCCGGGCCACGCUGCUGUCCGUACGCAGAGACACGGGCCUUGUGGAGAGCUGCCACCUGCAGCACCCGAAGGACUCCCCAUCUCUGACCGAGUGGUUGAUCUUCCUCUCCUGUAACGAUAACAUCUGACCAGCUGUCAGACCAUGACCCCUCCAGCCUCACCCCCAGCCUCUCCCCCUCCUCCUCCCAGCCUCACCCCCAGCCUCUCCCCCCCCAGCCAUCACCCCUGCUCAGUCUCCACAGACGCGUCACUACAGUACAGGUUCUCUUCAAGUCUACAAGUCAUCCUUCUGUGAGCGUGUUCGACUGUUGCUCCCUCAAUGGCAGAAGAUUCCAGAAGGACCCUUGAUUAGGGUCCAAAACAAAAACAUUUGAUUUGAUAAGCUGUUGAUGGCUUGCGUGACCUCUUAUGUGGCAGUGUGUGGGGAAAAGGUGCUGUUUCAGUAAGGUGACACAAGGUGGCGCCCUUUCUUUGAAAAAAACCCCGAUGUCGUUCCAACAUUUAAUGUUCCUUUGGUGUGUAUGUGUUCUUUUCCAUAUCCCAUCUGUGUAAACAAGUCUCAUGUAAAAUAAACGUUUUCCCCCUGAAUCUGCAUUGCUGU